AUGCCUGGAGCAGCUGUUGUUGUGGUGGUGGUGUCUGUGGCAGCUGUGGCUGCGGUGAUGGUGCAGGGGCACCCGAUGCUGCACUACUACUCUGGACUGAAGCACCACGAGGAUGACCACGUUGUGUCGGUGGAGGAGCCCGUGGCUCAGACGACGGAGGAAGGACCAGCGAGCAACAACCUGCCGCCCAUUGUGUUUGUGCCUGGUUUGACCAGCGCCGCGCUGGACGUGGAGCUGAACAACGCGCCAUCCCUGUUUGGCUGCCCGCACACCACCGAGCCCGGAGAACCGCUCCGCAUGUGGCCUGCACAGAUUAACUCCACCAAGGACUACUUCUGCUUCCUGGAGAACCUCAAGAUGUGGUACGACCCGAUUUCGAACCAGCUCCACAACCGCAAGGGCGAGAAGGUAUUGGUUGAGGACUGGGGUGGCUUCGAGGGACUGCCGCUGUUCCGCAAGGUGUACACGCCGCUUGUCAAGAAAGGGUAUGUCAUUGGCAAGAACCUCUUUGGAGCUCCGUUUGACUGGCGCGGUCCUGCCCGCACAUUCCCGGACUUUUUCGCCAACAUGACAAAGACGAUUGAGUCUGCGUAUGCGCAGAACAACAACAGGAAAGUGGCCAUCAUUGCAGCGUCAUAUGGCCCGCAGUUUGUGCUUGCGUUCCUGCACCGCCAAUCGCAGGCGUGGAAGGACAAGUACAUCCACUGGUUCAUUGCAGAGUCACCCGUCUGGAGCGGCUGUCCUGCCAGCCUCCUAUCCUUGGUGUCCGGAUAUGACGUCAGCAACGGCACGCUCUCGCUCAUGUUUUCGCGCCAGGUUGCCAUGGAAACGGCGUCCUCCUUCUGGCUCCUCCCGCGCGCUGGCACCACCAACACCACAUGGGGCAAGGAUGAGCCCAUUGCGUUUACACCGAGCCGCAACUACACGAGCAGCGACUACAAGCAGCUCAUGACUGACAUUGGAUUUGGGUUCCGCACCCCCGCCAUGGAGUACACCGUCAACGACACAGACCUGAAGGACUUUGAGCACCCGGGCGUGAACACGUAUGUCACGUACGGCUACAACCUCGACACCCCAGGCACGUUCGUGUGGGACGAGGACUUUGUGCACAACAUCACGGGUGCCCCUCCGUAUCCGCGUGUAUUCAACGCGACAGAUACCGGUGAUGGCAUUGUUCCCGUUCGCUCGUCCAUGCGCGCAUGGCACGCCUGGCAAGAUGACAUGAAGCAGGCAAAGAAGACGCUGAUGUACAAAGGAUACAAUAAGCAGCAGCACGCGCUCUGCAUUCUCUCGACCGGAAGCGGCGCUUCGUGUUGGCACGAAGUCUUCCAGUGCGUGUGGUAG